AUGCAGACUGCUUCUACAAAUAUUUGUGAAAGACUGUGCAAUAAGUCUAUCUGUGAAAUUUCCUUGCUACUAAAUAUUCUACAGUCAACUGUUAGUGGUAUUAUAACAAAGUGGAAACAACUGGGAACAACACGAUGUGGUGGGCCACAUAAAAUGACAGAGCGGGGUUAGCACAUGCUGAAGUGCACAGGAGUCACCGACUGUUUGCAGUGUCAAUAGCUAAAGACCUCCAAACUUCAUGUGACCUUCAGAUUAGCACAACAACAGUGCGUAGAGCUGCAUCCAAGCCUUACAUAUCCAAG